AUUGGGCGUGGUGGUUUGCCACGCACAGCAACACCCCAACACGAUGCUUGGCCUUGCACUGGCUGGGGUGCUGGCAAUCAUCUGCGGUAAGGCGGAUGGUUUCGCUUCUCCGAUCAAGAUGAGCCACAGAUGGUCUGGUUCAACCUCGCCGUUAGAAGCAGUUGAAUCCUCAUCGACUGCUGGCGGACAGACCGAAGACCUGCCGCAGGCGUUGAUCUUUGACUGCGACGGUGUACUAGCAGAUACGGAGCGCGAUGGUCACCGUCCAGCUUUCAACUCCGCGUUCAAGAUCAAGAACCUAGACUGCGAGUGGAGCGUUGAGCUGUACGGAAAGCUGCUGUCUGUUGGCGGUGGGAAGGAGCGAAUGACGGCGCACUGGGAUGAGGUGGGCUGGCCUGACUGCGCCAAGACAGCCGACGAGCGAUCUGUGCUCGUCAAGGAGUUGCACCUCCUCAAGACGGCGUUGUUCAACCAGGCCGUGGUGGAUGGGGAGAUACCUCUGAGGACGGGGGUCAUCCGAUUGGUCGACGAGGCCAUCUACCGGAAGGUCCCCCUGGCAGUGUGCUCGACUUCGAACGACAAAGCUGUGACAAAUCUGGUCAAGACCCUGAUGGGGAAGGAGCGGCUGGAGCGGAUGCAAAUAUUCGCCGGCGACAUCGUGGAAAAGAAGAAACCCAACCCGGAUAUUUACGACCUCGCCAAGGAUACAAUGGGGCUGGACCCUGCUCGCGUGGUGGUCAUCGAGGACUCGCACAUCGGCCUGACUGCGGCGAAGGCUGCCGGGAUGAACUGCCUGGUGACGAAGAGCAGUUACACCGGGGAUGAAGACUUUUCUGCGGCAGACCAAGUGACCGAGGAGCUGGGGGAGGACGGCGAAGCCAGCACGUCUGUUACGCUAGCUACUCUGGGAGCGAUCUUGAGGGAACGCGCGAGCGCGGCCUCCUCGUAA